AUGUUCCAGCUGCCCAUCCUCAAUUUCAGCCCGCAGCAGGUGGCCGGGGUAUGCGAGACCCUGGAGGAGAGCGGGGACAUCGAGCGCCUGGGGCGCUUCCUCUGGUCCCUGCCCGUGGCCCCCGCGGCCUGCGAGGCCCUGAACAAGAACGAGUCGGUGCUGAGAGCGCGGGCCAUCGUGGCCUUCCACACGGGGAACUACCGGGAGCUCUACCACAUCCUGGAGAACCACAAGUUCACCAAGGAGUCCCACGCCAAACUGCAAGCCCUCUGGCUGGAAGCGCAUUACCAGGAGGCGGAGAAGCUGCGGGGCCGACCCCUGGGACCGGUGGACAAGUACCGGGUGAGGAAGAAGUUCCCGCUGCCCCGCACCAUCUGGGACGGCGAGCAGAAGACACAUUGCUUCAAGGAGCGGACGAGGCAUUUGCUGCGGGAGUGGUACCUGCAGGACCCUUACCCCAACCCCAGCAAAAAGCGGGAACUGGCUCAGGCCACGGGACUUACCCCCACGCAAGUGGGCAACUGGUUCAAAAACCGCAGGCAAAGGGACAGGGCAGCAGCCGCUAAGAACAGGUAA